UAAAAUAACGUCAAUGCUGGGGAAAAGAAACAUCCACAAAUAGAACCAUAGGUCGUUAAGAACCGAAGGUAGCCAGGUAAUUGGCCAGAAGAGCUGAAAGAGCUACUUGCAUGUGAAGAAAAUGCAAGUUUAAUUACCUGAAGAGAAUUAAGUUGGUCGGUUAAUUGUCAGCGAGUGGUGAGCAAUUGACCUGUUACUUUCAGAUCCACCAGCCAGUAACCACCGAGUAAGAUUUCGUCCUCAAAGCAAUCCACAUGUCCAAAUAAAGUAGAGCAUCCAUUUGUGUGUAGCUUCAUCUGUAAGCCCACCGCAGAAGGCAGAUAGAGAGCCCUCUCGAGAAAUUCAAUCCAAUGAGGAUGCAGGGGCACCAUCACUGUGAUUUAGAACACUCAUCUUUUUUGGUUCCAUUGCAAGCAUAUGACAAGAAAUAAAGGAAAGGUGUAAGUAGACAACACCUACAGCCCAACUUGGGGAACAGAAAAGGCAACUAAGGGGAACCUUCUGCCUAAAGCUUGAGGCUUUUGAUUCAGCUCCAUGGCGACACCAACCACUGAUGUGGUACUUGUCUUGCAAGCAAAACCAGCAUCUAAAGCCACUCGCAGCAUCCAUCCACCACACUAUUCCCCUCCACACUCACUACUUACUCAUCUCUGACUUUCUCCAAUGCAAGCUCAACGCGAGUAGUUUUGCUCCCAGGAUUUCUUUGCUCUAAGAUUGUCUGAAGAUCUCCGAGAUGGGAUCACUCAGGAUGGCAGGAAACGCUCACAGCCCGGCGCUGCCAGAGUCCUCGUGCGCGUACUUGCUUCAAGAACUGAAGAUGAUAUGGGAUGAGGUUGGGCAAGAAGAAACUGAGAGGGAAAGGAUACUGGAAGAGCUAGAGCAAGAGUGCCAGGAAGUUUACAGGAGAAAAGUAAAUAGCGCUAAUAUGUCUCGGAUUCAACUGCACCAAGCAUUGGCUGAAUCAGAAGCAGAAUUUACCAAUCUGCUUCUUUCCCUAGGAGAAAGAUCAUUUCCAGGCCGACCUGAGAAAAUGACAGGCGCUCUAAAGGAGCAGCUGAAUUCCAUCACACCAGCCCUGCAAGAAAUGCAGAUGAGGAAAGAAGCUAGACUAAAGCAGUUCAUGGAGGUUCAGACUGAAGUACAAAGAAUUGCCUCUGAAAUAGCAGGACGCUCGGACAAUGAAGCUGUCACAGUAAAUGAAGAAGAUCUGUCGCUGAAGAAACUUGAGGAGCAUCAAAGUGAACUGCAAAGACUUAAAAGAGAAAAGGGUGAUCGCCUGUGCAAAGUUGAAGAGUAUAAAGUUCUGAUUUGCAAUUUUGCAAAAAUUAUGGGGAUGGAUCCAUCAAACGUCCUUGCUAAUGUUCACCCUAGCCUGCUAAAUGGAGCAAAUGAACAACAAAAAAAGAACAUCAGUGAUGACAUCCUUAACAAGCUCAACACCAUGGUCCAGCAGCUUAAAGAAGAGAAGAACCACAGAAUGGAAAAGCUCCAUACCCUUGGUAAAGCCUUGACAAAUUUAUGGAAUAUUCUAGAUACUACCAUGGAAGAGCGCCAGCCAUACGGGCAUAUUAAGAUAUUUUCAUUGACUUCAGGAAAUGGUAUGUUAGGUCCUGGAAGCCUCACUCUACAGAAAAUUCAGCAGAUCGAAUCUGAAGUUCAGCGACUAGAUCAGUUAAAAGCAAGCAAAAUGAAAGAGCUAUUCAUAAAAAAGAAAAAUGAGAUCGAGGAAAUUUGCAAGAUGUCCCACAUGGAUGUGCCUCACCAGACAGAAAUGGACAGUACAAUGGAUCUGAUAAUAUCAGGAGAUGUGGACCAUGAUAAUUUACUUAAGACAAUGGAUGGAUAUAUAUACAAAACAAAAGAGGAGGCCGCGAGCCGCAAGGAAAUAAUGAACAAGGUUGAAAAAUGGAUAGCUUCAUGUGAUGAGGAGAGAUGGCUAGAAGAAUACAGCAGGGAUGAGAGAAGGUACUCAGUAAGCAGAGGAGCCCACAAGCACUUGAAACGCGCAGAACGUGCUAGAAUUAUAGCAAAUAAAAUUCCAGGGCUGGUAGAAAUCCUAAUAGCGAAAACAGAGAUCUGGGAAAAUGGGAGGGACAAGGUCUUCUACUACGACAAGCUUCCUCUUUUGGCAAUGCUGAAAGACUACAUGUUCACACUGAAGGAAAAAGAAGAAGAGAGAUACAGGCAACGGGAGAAUAAAAAGGUACAAACACAACUUGUAAAGAGGAACGAAAAUUCAUUUAUAUUGAGGCCCAACACAAGCUGCACUCGUCCAUCAAGCAGAGGCUUCAAUACCAGCCAUCGCUCUACAUCCCUUUCAAGCAACAGAGUUCCUUCUUUAGUCCAGCAACCUAUUUCAGACAACUCCUCAGCUGAAAAAGAUAGGCAUAAAAGAAAUGUUAGAAACAGAAGUAUGCAGAGCGCGUCAGGGAAUAAUGGAAGCUGUUCAGUCCCUGAUGAAGAUAAAACAUCAGGACUCUCCAUGAAACAAGGCAUUUCAACAAUUUGAUUUUCCUACCUUUUCGUCUCAUUAGAUGUGAAAAUACUGCUAAAAGAUAUUGCAGAAAUGAAUAGCAGCAGAUUUGUAUGUAUUGAUAGCUACAUGUUCAUAUAUUUAUUAUUUAAUAACUCCGUAAAUCUUGCUCCUUCA